GUCGCAGUCCGCGGGGCUGGCCGGCGCGCAGGCGCACUUCAGCCGGCCGCCAUCGCGCCUCUUGGGCUGGGGGCGGCUGGAACCUUCCAGGCCCCGCUGCGCAGCAGGUCCUUGGAUCCUGUCACUGGUUGACCUCCCCUGGACACCUGUCAUCCUGGGCAUCUCUGCUGUGCCCUUGUCUACACGGUCACAUUUCUGGUGCCGGCCUGGCAAGAUGCUACCUCUUGAGAAGGCUGUGGCCUCUCCCAGGAGCUCCCCAACACCCCCUGAACCACCUGCACUCGGCUCAGAGGAUGCAGCCCAGCAGGGGGAACCUGAGGCUCAGGCUGAGGCCAAGGCUGAAGCUGACACAGAGCUUGAGGCCAAGGCCAAGGCUGAGGACCAUGCUGAGGCUGUUGCUGAGGUUCAUGAGGAUGUGGCCAAGGUUGAUGCUGAUGAGGUCAAGGUCCAGGCCAGUGUCCAUGCUGAUGCCACUGAGGUCCACGCCGAUGCCGCCAAGGUCCAUGCCGAUGCCGCUGAGGUCCACACUGAUGCUGCUGAGGUCCAUGCUGAUGCCGCCGAGGUCCAUGCCAGUGAGGCUGAAGCCCAUGCUGAUGCCUCUGAGGUUGAGGUCGAUGCUGAAGUCAGUGCCAGUGUGGGUGAGGUUGAUGCCGAUGUGGCUGAGGUCCAUGCCAGUGCUACUGAGGUUGAGAUUGAUGCUGAGGUCCAUGCUGAUGCUGCUGAGGUUGAGGUUGAUGCUGAUGCAGCUGAGGCUGAUGAUGAUGCUGAGGUCACAUAUGAGGUCUGUGCUAAUGUGACUGAGGUUGAUGAUGCUGCUGAAAUUGAUGCUGAAGAUGAUCCAGAUUUGGCUGAGGUUGAUGCUGAAGCUGAGGCAGAGACUGGCUAUGAGAGGACCCCUGUGGACCUUGAAUUCUCCCGCCUGCGCUUCCGGGAAUUUGCCUACCAGGAAGCAGCAGGGCCACACCAGACCUUGGCCCGGCUCCAUGAGCUGUGCCGACAGUGGCUGCGGCCUGAGUCUUGCUCGAAGGAAGAGAUCCUGGAGAUGCUGGUGCUGGAGCAGUUCCUGGGCAUCUUGCCUGACAGGGUCCGCCCCUGGGUGGUGGCCCAAUAUCCUGAAAACUGCAAGAAGGCAGCUUCCCUGGUAGAGGGCCUUUCUGAUGUCCUGGAUGAGCCAGGGAUGCUGCUGUGCUCCCCGAGGGGGUCAUCGUCUGAGUUCAGCGAGGGAAUGUAUGAGCAGCACUCGGAUCCACUGCUGUUGCCAGCGCUACCUUCCCUCCUCCCAGCCUGGCCUGCCCUGGAGUCCAUGCUUCUGGAACAGGGGAGCGUUGGGGGAGAAAAGUCCAGGGAGGCUGGCCCUGCCAAAGCUGAGCUGGAGAAGCCAGAGUCGUUCUCAGAGGAGCCUCUGCCUUCAGGGGAGUGGGACCACCUGGAUCCUGCAGAGGAGAACCUGCAGAGCUACAGGAAGCUGCUUCUCUGGGGAUAUCAGCUUUCUCAGCCUGAUGCUAUCGUCAGGCUGGAGACUGAGGAGGCUGGAUUGGAGGACCUGGACCUGCCAGAAGACAGUGGCCCAGCCACCUUGAAGCUGGGCCCCCCAGUGGAACAGCAGGGUGACGGUGAAGGGGAUAUGUGUAAGGACAUCUCUGGGAAUGAGCCGCUGAUAGACAGGCUUGCUGAGGAUGCUCCCAUGAGCCCUUCAGGGGAUGUGGCCCAGGAGGAGGAAGGGCAGCCCAAGAAGAUUCCAGAUGAUGAGGGAGAGGAGACAUCCAGGCCAGGAGCCAUGCCACCACUGGAAGAACAGGACAAGGAUGCAGUGGGGCUGGCCGGCCUGCAGCCAGGCACUGGAACAAAGAGGCCCCAUCCAAAAGAUGAGGAUGAGGACAAGGAGGGACCCAAGUGUGCCUCCAGUGAUGCAGGGAAGGAGCUGGCCACAGAUGGCUUAGGGUCCCCAGUUGAGCAGGCCCCAGGCCCUUCCUCAGCUGCCAGCCCUGUAGUGGCUGAGGCAGGAGCCAGCCGCGGGCAGCUGUAUUCCUGCAGUGAGUGUGGGGAAGCCUUUGCAUGGAUCGCCCACCUUGAUGAACACUACAGCAGCCACAGCAGCAAGAAGCACUGUGCCUACCCAGACUGCUAGGAACCUAUGCCCUGGCUGCUGAGCAGUGGGGCCCUCAAGAAGAGGCCUAGAGCCCAUGUGGGCAGGACUGCAGCUCCGUGUGUGUGGAAGGUGCUGUGGGCAUCCCGUGAGAUGUCAGUUUAGCCUGGCUGGGAAUCUAGAAGUGAUGUCUUGAUGUCAGUCUUCUAAGGUUGCCUCGAGCACUUAGAAGUGCUUUCGCCUCCAGAAAUACCCCGGGCAGAUGCUCACAGAGUGUAAGCUGUUUUCUUCCACAGCCACUUCAGCACCACCCCAUAGGCGGGGUCAUUUGACGUUGUGCAGAGUGUACAGUUGCCUUACAGUGUGUGUUUGUUGGCGCUUUCGUAGUCAUCUUUGCUUUGACUGCUGGUCUUGGAGCUCUCCAAGUUUGUUCAAGCAGAAUUCUUGACAGAUGUUUUGGCCUUUUUGUAAAUACAUGUCAAGUUCAUUUCUGAAUCCUCAAAGACAGAAACUGUUUCGAUUAACUCUUGUGUCUUUCUGUGUGGAAUGGCUGGCAAAGAUCCCCAAAAUGCUUGGCGCCUAGUGACAGUUCUCAAACUGUAGGCUCCAGCCCAUUAGUGAAUUGUGAGAUCUAACUAGUGGAUGGCCGCUGGCAUUACAAAGCAACAAAGUAGAGUAGAAUAGGUCAGAAUUCAUUGUGUAGUGAAGGCAAAUAUUGUUUUGUGAAACUUUUCAGCUGUGUAUCUAAAUAUAAAAACUGGCUGCCAUGUAAAGUGUAUUUCUUAUUAGGGGGCUGAGAUCAAAAUGGGUUGAAAAUACCAAUAAAAGUUGAUGAAGCCAUCUGUCUGCCUGAGCAACGGGAACUAAACUCCUUGGGUUCCAUAAGGUGAUCUUUUGAUUUUACAUUGAAUCUCAGCUUACAGCAUUGUUUCUGUUGUCUGAGCAUUAAUUUAGUUGCUCCCUGUAGAUACAGAAGUGUGCCUCUUUCUGUCACUGUCUAAGCAGGCAUUCUGUGUAACAACCCCCAAGUCACACAGGCUUAACAUAAUAAAGUAUUUAUUUCUUCACUCACA